CCACUCCACACUCUUAUUUCAUUAGCUGCAACUUUUGAAAACUAUUCCCAAAGCAGAAGCUCUAAUCCCAGACUUUGCUCUUCAUCUUGGAUUUUACUAGCAAAUAACUUUCUUUCUUUCUUUCUUUGCUUACUUGUUUUUAUCUUUCUUUCUGUUUCCAUUUAAAUUUAGUCUGGAAAACUGCAGGGCUACAUUGUUUUAGCACAAGUAAACAUGAUGAAACAGAUUCCCAUUUUCAAGAAGAUAUCCUUUCUUCAAUUCUACCUUGUUUUUUGUUAUUUUGAUCUGGUACUGCUUGGCUUUAUCACGUGGGCUCUUCCCAUGGAGGACCAGGAUUACUACCUACAAGAAAUCAUCAAUAGGAAUCAUUAUUAUUCUUAUCCGGAUCCCAAUGAGGAUUUGUCACCUUUCACAGAGCAACCAAGAGAAAAAGACUUGAAACCUUCUGCUGAAAUAGAGGCAUCUCCAAGAUUCAAACCAGGCAAGAAAGAGUACAAAUCCAAGAAAACUAUCAAACCAAGAAAGGAUAAAUCAACUCUGGAAACACCACCAGCUAAAAAUGGUAACAAGAAAGGUGAGAAAAACAAGAAGAGCAAUGAAAGAACACCAGAUGGCGACUAUGAAAGGAGAAACACAGAUAAAGACAGCAGAGAAAGCUGUCCUCCCUUGGGUCUUGAAACUUUAAAAAUUACUGAUUUUCAGCUUCAUGCUUCUACAGUGAAGCGAUAUGGCCUGGGAGCACACAGAGCACGGUUAAACAUACAGGCAGGUAUUAAUGAGAAUGAUUUUUAUGAUGGUGCUUGGUGUGCAGGACGGAACGAUCCCUACCAAUGGAUUGAAGUAGAUGCUCGCAGGCUAACAAAGUUCACAGGAGUUAUUACACAGGGAAGAAAUUCUCUUUGGCUGAGUGACUGGGUAACAUCUUACAGAGUUAUGGUGAGCAAUGACAGUCAUGAAUGGAUCACUGUCAAAAAUGGUUCUGGAGACAUGCUUUUUGAAGGCAAUGGUGAAAAGGAAAUUCCAGUCCUUAAUGAAUUACCAGUACCCCUUGUUGCACGUUACAUUCGGAUAAACCCUCAGUCCUGGUAUGAGGAAGGAAACAUAUGCAUGAGACUCGAGAUCCUGGGCUGCCCUCUUCCAGACCCAAACAAUUAUUAUCACAGAAGAAAUGAAAUGACUACCACAGACAACUUAGAUUUCAAGCAUCAUAAUUACAAAGAAAUGAGGCAGUUGAUGAAGGUGGUAAAUGAGAUGUGUCCAAAUAUCACAAGAAUUUACAAUAUUGGAAAAAGUCAUCAAGGGCUAAAGAUGUAUGCUGUUGAAAUAUCUGACAAUCCUGGAGAACACGAAGUUGGUGAACCUGAAUUUCGAUACAUGGCAGGGGCUCAUGGGAAUGAGGUGCUCGGGCGUGAACUACUGCUUUUGUUAAUGCAGUUUAUGUGCCAAGAAUACCUUGCUGGGAACGUGCGCAUUAAGCAUCUCAUUGAGAAUACUAGAAUUCAUCUUCUUCCUGCAAUCAAUCCAGAUGGAUAUGAGAAGGCCUAUGAAGGGGGUUCUGAAUUAGGAGGCUGGUCUUUAGGUCGAUGGACUCAGGAAGGUAUUGAUAUCAACAAUAACUUCCCCGAUUUAAAUACACUUCUCUGGGAAUCUGAAGAUCGGAGAAGACUUCUGAGAAAGGUCCCAAAUCACCAAAUUCCGAUUCCAGAAUGGUAUAUGUCUGAAAAUGCUACAGUUGCAGUGGAAACACGAGCUGUGAUAGCCUGGAUGGAAAAGAAUCCGUUUGUGCUUGGAGGGAAUUUACAAGGAGGAGAGCUUGUAGUUGCCUAUCCCUAUGAUAUGGUCCGGUCAGUCUGGAAGACUCAGGAGCACACACCUACUCCAGAUGACCACGUCUUUCGAUGGCUGGCCUAUUCAUAUGCCUCUACUCACCGACUAAUGACAGAUGCUCGGCGAAGAGUAUGUCAUACAGAGGAUUUCCAGAAAGAAGAUGGAACAGUAAAUGGAGCUUCCUGGCAUACUGUAGCAGGAAGCAUAAAUGACUUUAGCUAUCUACAUACAAAUUGUUUUGAAUUGUCUAUAUAUGUUGGUUGUGAUAAAUACCCUCAUGAAAGUGAAUUACCAGAAGAAUGGGAAAAUAAUCGUGAGUCACUUAUUGUUUUCAUGGAACAGGUACAUCGUGGAAUUAAAGGCAUAGUCAGGGAUCAACAUGGGAAGGGAAUUCCAAAUGCCAUUAUUUCUAUAGAAGGGGUGAACCAUGAUGUCCGCACAGCGAACAAUGGAGAUUAUUGGCGGCUUCUAAAUCCAGGAGAAUAUGUGGUCAGUGUAAAAGCCGAGGGCUACACUACGUCCAUGAAAAAUUGUGCCGUAGGAUAUGACAUGGGUGCAACCCAGUGUGAUUUCACCAUCAGCAAAACCAAUUUGGCCCGAAUCAAAGAGAUCAUGGAGAAAUUUGGAAAGCAGCCAAUGAGCCUCUCACUUCGAAGGCUCAGACAGCGAGCAAGGCAGAGACGCCAGCAAUAUAGACUGCUUUCUGCAAUGUAACAAAUAUUGCUAUCAAAAUUCUACCCUUAAACUGAAACACACUUUUGUAGUAGAAUAUAUAUAUUUAUAUGGGUAAAUUUUUUAACAUGCCUUUUUUAUUCAUGUUGCUGUUAAGAAUUGUAUCUUCAAGAAUAUUUUUGAAUUCACAAUUCAAUGUUUAGAUUUGUAAAUUCUUGUGAAAUUAUUGGAAUUAAGAGGCUGUCCUCUAGAAAGAUACUACAAAGUAAUGAGUAUAUAUAUAGUGUCUCUAAUCCAAAUGGAAAAUAUAUAUCACCAAGGCCUGGAAAGCAAUCCAGGCCAAUAAACUAACGGAUAAUUGGCUUUUGAUUUUUUAAAAAAGCUAUUAUGCAGUGAUUGUCUAACUUGUUAUAUUCUUAUUAAGAUUAAAAUUACAUUCAAUUUACAUUCAAUUACAAAAAAAAAAUUAAAGCACUGCAAGUAGGAUAUUGAUAGUGGACGUGCAACAUGUUUGAUUUAUAUCAUUAAUUAGCUCUAUACUUUACUAAUCUUAUGAUAGCGCACUAAAUGCUCUGAAUUAUUACAGUUUAUUUAAGUAAAGCAAUGAAUAGCAAUCACUGUGUAUUUCUUAGUUCAUUGUUGGAAUGUUUUUUGUGCUGUAAUUACCCAUUUUGUUUUUCAGUAAAUGAAAUUUUUGUAAUUGGCUAAAUCCAAUAUAGCUGUCAUUUUGUAAAUACUGUUUGCAAAUAUGUAGCAGCCAUUCUAUGUAAGGAAAAAAUACUCUUCAGAUCUGCUAGCAUCUCUAUCAUUUAACGUGUUGUUUCUUAUAUAUAAGCCCAUAUAUAAGCACCUGGAAGACCAUUGCCGGUGGUCUUCCGGGUGCGCUUCAAGGUGUUGGUUAUCACCUUUAAAGCGCUCCAUGGCAUUGGACCGGGAUAUUUACAGGACCGCCUGCUGCCGACAGUUACCUCCCAUUGUCCGGUACAUCCAGUGCGCGCUCACAGGGAGGGCCUUCUUAGGGUGCCGUUGGCUAGUCAAUGUUGGCUGGCGGCCCCAGGGGAAGAGCGUUCUCUGUGGGGGCCCCGGCUCUAUGGAAUGAGCUGCCGGUGGGACUCCGUCUCCUCCCUGAUCUCCGGACCUUUAAACGUGAGCUCAAGACUUUCUUUUUUCACCAAGCGGGGCUUGAUUUUAAUAUGGGGGGUUUUAGCGGAUUUUUAAUAGGGUUUUAGUUUUUGAAAAAUUUUAGCUAAUAUUUUAAGUAUACAGCGGUUGAAUCAGAUUUUUAAACUUGUUAUAGUAUUUUAAUUUGUUUAGGAUUUCUGUUGUUUUAUUGGCUGUACACCGCCCUGAGUCUUCGGAGAAGGGCGGUAUAAAAAUAUGAAUGAAUGAAUGAAUGAAUGAAUGAAUGAAUAAAUAAAUAAAUAAAUAAAUAAAUAAAUAAAUAAAUAAAU